CCCACAUCUGCCCUCAUCACCCACAUGCGCUGACCUCUAUCACUGAUUUACGUGAAAUCCUCAAAUCUGGCAACGGCAGAGAUUGUGCCACCCACCGUUAUCUGUCAUGUGAGCCUGACUUGUGUUUCCAGCCCAUACACACAUCUCGGGGAGCCCAGGCUCGACCCCACUGUUUGCUCGGGUGUUUUUUUCAGACUUCCUGUAUGAAGUUUGACAGUUGGUCCCUGUGCAGCUCCUACCAGCAGAUGGCAGAAGGAACCGGGCUUCUCUCCACUGUGACCUUCCCCCUGCAGCUAGAGGGUCAAGCAGCCACCCACUUCGCUCUGAACAAAAACACGCAGGCACGUGCACAGAGAAGCACAAUCCCUGUAUCAGUGUCGAUCACUGCUAGGACCUCAUAAAGGCAGAGGGAGAAAGUUGUCGACAGGGCAGCAGCUGAACAAGUGGAGCUGAAGGGAAAUCAGCAGUUUACUCCUGUAAAGAAGGGCUCCAAACACCAAACAACAUGAUGAGGCCCCACCUGCAUAAUAGCAACAGCCAAUAGGAAGCAAUCACAUGACCCAGCAUAAUGAGACAAUGAGAGACCAAGAGAAGAGAUGAGAUGACAUAAAAGUGUACAUUGUGUCCAAUGGGUGGAGGUGCCACCAGGCUGUACAGCGCCCUGACUCAGACCCUCAGCAGCUCUCCUCUCCCCCUCCCUCCAUCCCAUCUGGACCCCCUCCCUCCUGCAGACAUAAACCUGGAUCCAGCUUUCUGUCAGGGGCAGAGGGUGUCCGAUCCAGUGGAGCUGCUUCGACAGUGUGAGGAGGCCCUCAGAGACAGCCCGCCUCGCUUCCACAGGAAGUUCACUCAUGUCGGUGAUGGAGGCAGCGCCCCCAGCAGCCCCAUCAGGGUGAUGCAGUGGAACAUAUUGGCACAAGCUCUGGGCGAGGGACUCGACAGUUUUGUCCAGUGUCCCCUGGAGGCCCUCAGCUGGUCCCACAGGAAGUUCCUCAUCUUAGAAGAGAUCCUCACCUACCGACCUCAUAUCCUGUGUUUGCAGGAAGUUGACCACUACUAUGACACCCUCCAGCCAGUCCUGUCAGGUCUUGGUUACAGCGGUAACUUCUGCCCUAAACCAUGGUCGCCGUGCCUGGAUGUCGAGGGCAACAACGGCCCCGAUGGCUGCGCACUGUUCUUCGAUCAGUCACGAUUUGAGUUCCUGGAUAGCGUGAACCUACGGCUCUCUGCCAUGAGGAUACCAACCAAUCAGGUUGCUGUGGUGACAAUGCUACGUUGUCGCAGCACAGGUCGAUGCUUUUGCAUUGCAGUGACCCACCUGAAGGCUCGUUCUGGCUGGGAGUGGCUCCGCAGCGCCCAGGGCUCCGACCUUCUCCGACACCUGCAGAAUCUGGUCCAGAGACAAGCCGGCAGCCAAACAGGUGCCCCUACCCCUGACAUUCCUCUGGUCAUAUGUGGAGAUUUCAACGCAGUCCCCACUGAGGAGGUGUACCGACGUUUCACAGCAUCGCCUCUUGGUUUGGACUCGGCCUAUAAGAAACUCAGCCAGGACGGUUUGACUGAGCCAGAAUACACAACAUGGAAGAUUCGACCUACUGGGGAAUGCUGCACCACUCUGGACUACAUCUGGUACACGCAGGACUCACUGAGAGUGGACGCAGUUUUGGACAUGCCCACGGAGGAGCAGAUUGGGCCAAACAGGCUUCCAUCCUUCAGCUAUCCGUCUGACCAUCUUUCUCUGGUGUGUGACUUCAGCUUUAAGGAGAAAGAGUGAGAAGGACAAGAUGGACCAGGACGCAGGAAGAGACCCCGCUGUGAAGAGACAGUCGAGACUGGCUCCUGAUCGACUUUUCUCAACAAGAUGGCGUGCCAAGGAGACGCCACAACUGAGUGAAAGGACAGACAGGACGCCGAACACCCAGAGUUCACACUGCCAAUGACCUACAGAGUGACUGAGAAUAAAGUGAUUUUGCUGUACGUUUGAGUUUUAAUAUUUGAUGAUUGUUGCAGUUAAGUAUUUACAUUUACUCCCCCUGAUGAUGCUCUGUGGUUACUCUCUUGGUUUUGGAAUUAAAGGUUCGCCUAAAAUGAUCAA